GUCGCGGGGUUUGGCGCCGCGACGUUUCCGUGGGAAUUCCAACAACGUGUAGAUCUCACAAUGCAGGAGGAUAGGAAAUCGAAGGCGUACUUGGAUGACUUGCAUGUCGGAACUGGUGCAGUUCCUGUCGAUCGAAAUGUAACUGAAGCCGACAUUACAGACGACAUGCGCAUUGAACACAUUGAACAUCUGCGUAAAGUAACACUACCAGCACUACGCGCGAAGAACUGGCUGAUAAAUCUCCCUAAGUGUCAACUAGUUGCGACCAGUGCACCGCUUCUGGGCUACAGAGUAGGCCUAGGUGGCUGGAGUGUCACCCAGAAGAAGAAAUCACUAGUGGAAGGCUUGCGUGAGCCGACUACUAUCGAGGACGUCGUGUCGUACCGUUGUCUGGUCAACUGGCUCGGAAAGCGAAUUCCGUUUUUUGCACCGUUGUCCUUCCACUUGAAUAAGUACUCCAGGAAAUCCGCCAAGUUUGCGGAUUACAUCAAGGACAAGGAAGCGCAGGGUGCUGUUAAGUGGACUAGGAAGCUGCUAUCGACGGUGUCGUUUAGACCUCCUACUGGUAGUGGUGCACUCAACUGCUAUGUGGAUGCUUCCGACUAUGGCUGGGGAUACAUCCUGGUGGAAGAGUACGAUGACUCCAACGUAGAAGCUCGCAUUUGUGACGUCGGUCAUGGCACGUUUUCGGAUUCUGAACUCUAUUGGACAGUCACCGAAAAG